AUUUUCAUUUUUACAAAUGGUUCAAUCGCUUCCUUUAUUUGGGUCACCUCUUGUCACCGCUUUGGCUCGCUCGAGUAUCAAGACCACCAACGGUCUGUGCGUACCAGGUAUAUUGGCGAGAUGCUAUGAUGAAAUUUAUGCCAAUGGAAUGGAGCUUGAAGGCAUAUUUCGUAAAUCUGGAUCUGCAGCUGUUAUGAACCAACUUCAAGCCCGGUUUGAAGCGGCCGAAGAUCCACUCACAGUAACCUUUCCUCCAAAUGUGAAUGGUCAUUCUAUAGCUGGCUUGUUGAAACGUUAUUUGCAGCAGCUGCCUGAACCCGUCAUCCCGAAACAGAAUCAACGCCAGUUCAUUGAAGCGUUUGAUGACAUCAAAUACUCGGAUGAUAUAAUCAAGGCGCGGCUACUGGAGGCUUGCAAGGCUUUGCCCUACGAGCAUCUUCACUUGCUCCAGUUCAUUCUCUACAUGUGUACCAUGACCCAAAGAUGUGAGAAAACCAACCAUAUGUCGUUGAAUUCACUGGCCAUCAUCUUUGCUCCUACCUGUGUUCGUCUUGAUGGCGUAUCUCAAUUGAUGCCUAAUGAAGCCAUCGAUCAUGUAACGGAAUUCUCCAAAGCUGGCUCCUCCUCUUGUUCUGAUCUUCCUGUGUCAAUGAACAAGCAGCAUGACAUUUUUGCCAAAGCAAGAAAGUUCAUCUGCGAUGCUUUCAAGAGGAAGAUAGGCAAGCAUCAAAAAAACAACUGGAAUUACAAUGGCAAGAAUAGCCAGUCCAUGAUUCUAUACCAGCCAAGCGAAUUGCUCCGUUUGGACUUGAUAAAAGAAAGCACGACAUGGAUCAAGAUUUUUAAAUUUAUGAUGGUCCAUGCUAGCUCCUUUACGCGUAUAACAAGAUAUAACAGUGGAGCACUUCCUCCAAGAAUAAUAACAAGAGUCAAAUAUUAAUUUAUUUCUUUUUCUUUUUCUUCAUCUUUAAUCGUUCUUUUUUUUUUUACUUUAUUUCUUUUCAACCGGU